AUGAGGGGUGUGCGCAAACAUCUAUCUAUCUAUCUAUCUAUCUAUCUAUCUAUCUAUCUCAGUCUCUUCUUUUAUCUAUCUAUCUAUCUAUCCAUCUAUCUAUCUAUCUAUCUCAUCUUCUUUAUUUAUCUAUCUAUCUAUCUAUCUAUCAUCCAUCUAUCUAUCUAUCUCAGUCUCUUCUUUUAUCUAUCCAUCCAUCCAUCCAUCCAUCUAUCUCAGUCUCUUCUUUCAUCUAUUCAUCUAUCCAUCUAUCCAUCCAUCUAUCCUCAGUCCCUUCUUCUAUCCAUCAUCUAUCCAUCUAUCUAUCUAUCUCAGUCCUUCUUCUAUCUAUCAUUCAUUCAUCUAUCUAUCUAUCCAUCUAUCUAUCUCAGUCUCUUCUUCCAUCUAUCUAUCUAUCUAUCUGAGUCUAUCUCAUCUAUCUAUCCAUUCAUCUAUCUCAGUAUCUUCUUUUAUCUAUCUAUUCAUUCAUCUAUCUAUCUAUCCAUUAUCUAUCUAUCUAUCUCAGUCUCUUCUUUUAUCUAUCUAUCUAUCUAUCUAUCUAUCUAUCUAUCUAUCUAUCUCAGUCUCUUCUUUUAUCUAUCUAUCUAUCUAUCUAUCUAUCUAUCUAUCUAUCUAUCUCAGUCUCUUCUUCUAUCUAUCUAUUCAUCUAUCUAUCUAUCUAUCUAUCUAUCAGUCUCUCUUCUUUUUUAUCUAUCUAUCUAUCUAUCUGUCUAG